AUGUUGUCGCAAGAGCAAAAGACUGUUCAUUUUUCGGAGUUUCGAGGAAAGAAAUUACCCUAUUUUGCCAUCUCAAGUCCAAUCACUGACUAUGAGGCAGACGAGUUGAACGAGGUGAUCGAGACUCUCCCUUAUCAGCGUAGGGUUGUUCGGUUCAUGGCAUUUAGGGGAAGAUUGAUGCCAUACUACGAGAAUUGGAGAAGAGCUAUCACGCAACAGGAUUGUGAUGAGCUCAAUCAUAUCAUCGACAAACUCACCGAGUUGCGGGAAGAGAAAGAAAAUCAUGAGGUAGAUAAGAGGGAAGACAAUUAUGAGUUGGCUGAAAGUGAGGAGAAUGACAAAGAAAGAAUGGACAAUAUUAAUAACGCGACUAAUGAGUGUGAAUCAAUUAGUUCAGUUGAUCUUCAAGAAUCCAGCUCCUCCUGCCUUUCAGAUUCUGAGGAUGUCGAUUGGUAUACGGAUGAUGGCAAUGAAGAGAUCAAAUAUUGGAUCCUGGAAACGGUGACGCAGUACGCUCAGCUCCAGUUGGAGCCUUUUAAAUUGAUUUAUUUCUCUGAAGCUGAAGAUAAGGCUGAUUCCGAUGCAACGUCCAUGUUUGAAGGAAGUGCCAUGGGCUCCGACCUGGAGGAGUCCGAUGGAGACUAG